AAAAGCAUGUUAUUUUUCGCCUUGGCGUAGGCUGUUUAAACAGCUGCCGUAGCUAUGACGUCGGACAUGGUAAUACACCAAUAUGGCGGCGAUUACCAAAAACGAGGCCGAUAAGCAAUCCUUUGUUGUAGGUGUGUCAUAGAAGGUGUGUCAUCCUUAGUGCGCGUCUAGGUGCUGCCUGUGGCUCCCGUGCCAAAUCAAUCAAAUCAAGAACUGCAGCUGACGUCACAGCACUGGCGGACAGAUUGAAACAUUAGCCGAUUCGUCAAUCCUGUAGAGUUUAUGAUUGUGGAAUCGAACCCAAGGUUUCAAGGUUACUUGAAAGAGGUAACUUUCGUCAUAUUACAGAAAGUCAUAUUUAAAAAUUAUUGUUGAAGAUGGCUGACUUGCUAUCGGUUCCCCUGAAAAAACCAAGCGAUGUGGACAUUAUAACUCCAUUAAAAAAUUUAAUACAGUCGCGCUACAGUACGGCCGAUAAUCCCGAAAAUUGUGCUGAAGCAGUAAACGAAUUUUCCAAGCUCCGAAGCAAUGCUAUUUGGAAAGCCUUUGAAAAAUUUGAGAGUUCGCUGGAGAUUAUUUAUGGAUAUUAUGAUCAGUUGGUGGCUCUAGAGAGCAAGAUUCCAGCACAAGAGCUAACAGUACCUUUUAAAUGGAAAGAUGCUUUCGAUAAAGGAAACAUUUUCGGACAUAAAGCAAGUCUCACAAUUGCCUCUCUCAGCUUCGAAAAAGUUUGUAUUCUCUUCAACAUUGCUGCACUACAAAGUGCUGUGGCGAGUGCACAAAGUGUUGAGAAUGACGACGGACUUAAAUUGGCUGCCAAGUUAUUACAACAAGCAGCUGGCAUUUUUAGUCACUUGAAAUCAACUGUAAUGCUAGCUAUCCAACAAGAUCCUACUCCAGAUCUGAACCCUGAUACUUUGGGUGCUUUAUCUCAACUUAUGCUGGCUCAAGCCCAGGAAAUGUUUGUUCAUAAGGCCAUGCACGAUAACAUGAAAGAAUCAAUUGUUGCCAGACUAGCAGCUCAAGCUGAUGAAUUGUAUGCUGAAUGCCUAAGAACAUUCCAAAGGGAGAAUUUGAGAAACAUUUGGGAUAAAGAUUGGAUUUCUAUGAUUGGUGGAAAGCAAGCAGCGUUUUCAGCAGUUGCUGAACUCCAUCAAGCUCUUGUAUGCAAGGAAAAGAAAGCCAUUGGAGAAGAAAUAACCAGGUUGAGAGUGGCCAUUGAAAAAUUUAAAGCAGCUCAAUCAAGGUCUGGUAAAAGUUUGUUCAGUGAUCUGCUUAAUAAAGCAGAAAGGAAUUUGGCUGAGGUAGAGAAAGAUAAUGAUUUUAUCUACCACGAACGUGUCCCUGAUUACAAAUCAUUGGAGUUGAUUGGUAAGGCACCAUUGGCUAAAAUAUUACCGGUCCAAGAAAGAAUGUCGCAAGGGUUCAAAGAUCUUUUCACAAGUUUGGUUCCUGUAGCUGUCCAUCAAGCUCUGGCUUCAUAUGACUUGAGAAAAACUGAAAUAGUUAACACCGAAAUUACAAAAUUAAGAGAGUCAACUCAAGAACUUAAUGGAAUCCUUGCAAGCCUGAACCUACCAGCUGCUAUAGAAGUAACCGAUUCCAACACUGGUCUUCCACCAUCCAUUUUAGAAAAAGCUCAAAAUGUAUCAGGGCUGGGUGGUAUUUCUGCCUUGAGACAAAUGAUUGAAGAAUUACCAGAGUCACUUAAAAGAAACCAGGAUAUUUUAGAUGAAACUGACAGAAUUUUGAACGAAGAAAAGGCUGCAGAUGACUCUUUAAGGCAACAAUUCAAGGAAAGGUGGACUAGAACUCCUUCGGAUAAACUGACAGAAAUGUUUAGAUCCAAUGCUGCGAAAUAUAGACAGAUAAUUAAUAAUGCUGUUGAAGCAGACAAGUUGGUCCAAAACAAAUUUACCACCCACAAACCCAUGAUGGAACUUUUAAGUAAGUCACCUGCAGAAUUAGAGACAUCUCUACCAUCUGGCAAUGGCGGUAAUGUGGAAAAUUCUUCAUCAGUUGCCACUUUAAGAUCUCUGAUGGAAGAAGUUGAGACGAUUAAAGCUGAACGUGAUGCCAUAGAGUCAGAAUUGAAGAGUGCCACUACUGAUAUGAAAGAUAAAUUCCUGAUAGCUUUGUCCAAGGAUGGAGAAAUAAAUGAACCAGCCUUGUCUUAUCAGACCUUGGGCCAAACUUAUGGAUCAUUGCAGAAGCAAGUGGCUGAAAGUUUGGAAAGACAAAAAAGUUUGAUUGAUAGAAUCAGGGCUGCGCAUCAACAAUUUUCUGCUGAAAGAGGUUCAACCACAGGAGGUAGAGAAGCUAUGAUGUGUCAAUUAGCUGCCGCACACGACGUCUUUAGGGACCUGCUGAAUAAUUUAAAAGAAGGCACUAAGUUUUAUAAUGACUUGACACAAUUGUUGGUAACUUUCCAGAAUAAAGUGUCCGACUUCUGUUUUGCGCGAAAAACGGAAAAAGAGGAACUGCUGAAAGAUUUGACACAAGAAAGCAGUAGAUCUACACCAGCUGCACCACCAGCAACCCCGAGUUAUUACUCUGAUCCCAAACCAGCCAAUUCAAGUCCAACUGCAUCAGGAGGUUUAGCUCCUCAACCAGCCGCUCCAGGUCAGGUUCCACCUAAUCUUCCUUACCCUGUAUAUGUACAAGGUAUGCCAGUACCUUAUGGUACCCCUGGUGCUGCUGCUGCAGCCUACAAUACUUACGUAUCACCACCGAUGCCUCAAGGAUAUAAUCCUUAUGGAACUUGGCCAGGAAAUUACCAAAACUACCAAGCUGGCUACCCUCCAGGUACUUAUCCUCCUGGAACUUAUCCUCAACAACCUCCACAACAACCCCAGCAACCAGCUUACCGUCCUCCAUGGUAAAUGACAGACUGCAACUUGCAACUAAAAUAUUAGAUGAUAUGCUAUAAUAGUGCUUUGAUUAUUUUAUCAAAUUAGAAUUUAUCAAUAAUAUGUAUAUUCACUUAGAAUUUCAAGAUACAUACCUGAACUUUUUUUUCUGUAAUUGAAGAUGUAAGUAAUUUUUCAUUCUCCAUCCUAUGAAAGAAGAUUUUUUUUAUCUUGCAUAGGCGAGAGAAAGCGAAAGUGAAACUUAACUUAAUUUCACUUUCACUACUAGCAUGUUUCACUUUCUCAUGCCUAUUCACGAUUUUUGAAGGGGAAGAAUGAAAAUUUUAAUACAUUUCACGCUGCAAAAGCACUCUUAGGUGCUCGGAGAUAUUCAAAUAGCCUCGGCUGCACUUUGCUUCGCAGCUUGGAAUGUAAAUAACUAUUUUUAUUUAACAGUCUUAGUGGGAUUGAAACAAAGUGUCUUCUUUAGUGUUGUGAUAGAGAAAUGGGUAGACGAUUUGAAAUCGGAAAAGGCAUUAAAAAUAUUUGAGGUCAACUUGAACAGAUCUGACUGCUUUUCAUAAACUUAAUUUGAGUCUACAUGAAUAAAUAAUGAAUUUGAAUUAAUCAUCUUGAUUCAUUUCUUGGAGGAAUUAUUAUGAAAGAAAAUACAUUGGUUAUAUCCUAAGUAGGUAUUAUAAUAUAUUACUGUUUCUCUUAUUUAGGUAUUGUUGUAUGUAAUUGCGUUUAUAUUAUUGAAUUAUCUUUCUACAUAUUUUUAUAGCUAUUAAUUUAGAGGAAUUAAUAUUUUGUUAUAAUUAAAUAUUAUUUAAAAUUUUGGUUUUUAUUGAAGUACCUAUGAUACUAUGAGUAUGUUUAAGUUGUUAGUGUUUCGUCUUUAUUUUUAAGAAAAUUCGCGAUUAUACACUUGGUAUAAAAGCAUAAUUGUGAGGUUCGUGUGGCAUCAACCCUCAACCAAUUUCCGUAACCCCUAACUGAAAAUUAGCAUAAUCCGUAGGGCGCGUAUGAAGCAGGGCCCUGCAGGAGUAGCACUUACGAAAUCAUUGCAAAGUAAAAUUUACAGUCGACACCGCACUAUACAUUACGUAUUAGCCAACGCAUAACAGAAUGAAAAGACUGAAAAUCAAUUUUUUGGACAUUUUUCAUGUAUAAAUAUUGACUUGUAACAAUUCAAAAAUAUUCAUAGGGUUUUGCUUCUCGUAUUCAAUCAGGGUGGAAAUUUGAAAACUUGCAAUUGUUUUGGCAAUACGGAUGGUAAUAAAGUCCGCCACGUGAAAGUUAAAGGACCGAAAGGUUGAGAACCCCUGCACCCCGCCUUGUACCUCUUUGUCUAGUCAACAGGCUAUUUAGUAUUUCUCGAUUGUAUUAGUAAGCAUUUGCUUUUAGUGCAUGAAAAAAAUAUGUAGAGGCGUGAGUUUUUUGAAUUAUGGACAGAAAAUUUCCUUGAGAAAAGUCAGUAAAGCCUCUGCUGAUUCGAGUAUAUUUUGUGGUUGAGUGUAGUUCGCAUCAAUGACCUAUUAACACAGAUAGACAGAACAUCCCAUUGAUAAAAUAGCUUUGUUUUGGUUGACUACAUGUUUAUGGGCCAGGGGGGGUGAGCUGUGAGAGCGGCUAGGAGUAGGGAUUCAAAUGAUUCCGCCAACUCCGCCCCCAUUUUACUAUCGCAUACUUGGCAACUCUGAAAAUUAAACCAGAAUCAGUGCUACAAAAGUGUAUCUUUAUCCUUAUAUUUUACAUAAUUUUAGAAAAAGAUGUGGAUACACUCACUGCGCACUGAUUGACAAAUGGAAAUUGUCAUAAAAUACCUGCAGGUCUCAUUUUGACAUGACAAUCGAAUAGAAGCCGCUGAUUGGUGGAAAGGUGGAAUUCGAGGUGGGAUUUAUUUUUUUGCAGCGUUGCUAAUUUUCAUUGAAAAAUAAUCGCUUUCCACGUGUUAGAGAAAGAUACAAAAUAACACAAGGAUUAAUAAGUAGUGGGGAGAGAUGCGGUUCCUGGCAUGUAGUCAACCGAUAUUAUUGUUUAUUGUUCUGUCUAUCUGUGUUAAUAGGUCAUUGGUUCGCAUUCUAUGAAAGUUAAUUUAAGAACUAGACUCGAUAACACCAACCUAUCCUUUUACAAUAGUUGAAUCAAAAUCACAAAAUACUAUUCAGAUUGAUUUUAAAUGCCAAUUCCACGAGAUUCUGUGGUACAGUAUCUUGAUAGCAAAUGUAAAGCUCUUUGGGAUGCGGUGUAUAAAACAAACGCCUAAAAAAUCAACAAUUACAAUAAAAUGUGAACAGCACAAAGAAUUUACCCUAUAACCCAAUAGCUAAUCUUUGCUUUUUUAUUUGACUCUUUUUCAUCAUUGAACGGACACUCGAAUAACAUUCCAUACUCUUUAAUGGCAAUCAAGCUCUUGUUCAUUAAGGAUUUUGCUACGUCUUGUGCUGGCAAACUCUGAAAAAGUCACAAUGAGCCACUUUUUUUACAAUUACAAUAAAUAUACCUUAAAACGCAAAGUACUUUGAAAAAUACUAUGAAUAUUUUGGCAACAUCGCCGAAAGUUAUUUAGAAUCAACUGAUAAGUAUUUGAGUGUAAAUUACAAUCCAAUGGUGUAACCAACAAUCCUUCUGUGGUGUCCAGUUGGAGAAAAUUGAAUAAAACGUUAUACCGACCAGAAGUUAAUUGAAUUGGUGUGUAUUCGUCUGAAUCUGCCAAUAGUGACUGACGAAUUUCAGAUAGAUCGCAACUGCUGCUACUUAAU